AUGUACUUCGCAGUGGCUUUAGAUGGAAACCAUGAACCCCUACUCUUAGCAAUUGGUUUGGGGACCUUAGAGUGUGAAGAAUCGUGGAGAUGGUUCAUGAUGAAGUUAAAAGAGUGUUUAGGUGAGGAUACAGAGGUUGGUUUCAUAAGCAACCUUUGUGAUAAAAUAGACUUUGUUGUCCAUAGUAUCUACCCAGAUUCGUAUCAUGGAUAUUGUCCUAAAGAUAUAGCCAGAAAAAUACGAGAUUCUGUCGGACAUAAUGAUACAGAAGUCGAAACGUUGUUUUGGAAGUCAUGUAAUGCAUAUAGUGUUCAUGAUUUUUAUUUGUGUCUGGAAAGGUUGCAAAAUGCCGGUAGGGAACCACCUUUUUGCACCUUGCUUAGGAGUUUAAUUUUUUGGCUUGACGAUAUAGCAAUUUCAAAAUGGACACGAGCAUUUUUCCCAAAAGUACGUUACAAUGUUAAAUCGAUUGAUGUCCCGGAAAUGUUGAAAAUUAUAUCCACAUCCACACGAGAGUUUCCUAUAACAACGAUAAUUGAGUUAAUUAAUACGUUGAUACAAACAACGUAUGCUGAACGGGCUGAAGUGGCAAAGAGGUUGUCUGGUGGGGUGACCCCUUAUGUUGAGAUUAAGGUUCAAAAGCGGAUAAACAAGUCUUAUAAUUGGGUGGCAAAACGUUUGUAUACGGAUACAUUUCAAGUCGAUAACAAUUUUGGCACCAACAAAGUACAAUUUGAUAGGUCGACCCUUUUUUUUACACCGUCUUCAUCAGGCCCAUAUAUGUCUGAUGAAAUAUUUGAAGAAUUGAAAAAGCCUGAAGAACAACAAGAACAGGACAAAGAGUCAUCCCGACUUCUCACUCAACGUGAUAAUGAAAUUGCAUGGGAAUGCAAACAAGCUCAAGAAUGGAUAGACCUAAAAAAACGAAAUCAAAGAGCAUGA